GUUCAGAUAACGGUGGCCAAGCCGGCUGCAAUUGAUGGCGCAGAGAUACGAGGCUCUGGAGAAAAGGCGCAACAUGGAGGUAGAGGGCUAUAAGACUGACAUCAAGCUGCUGAGACAGCGGUUUAAAGGAUGUAGAGAAGCAACUAUUCAAGGUGACGCUGAACAUCGGGCCAGACCAAGAUCUUGCUAUUCUGGAUGCAGUGCGGCAAGGCAACAAAAAGACACAAAAAUUUCAAGGGGAACUGAGCCUGGAGAAUGAACUGAGAAUCGGAUAGAGCACAAGGGAGACUGACGGAGCUGCCACACUAAACAAGGAGCCACAGAUAAAGGUCUACCCUGGCUCUACCUCUAGGAUUAUAUAGUGUGUUCGGCCCAGGAAGGAAGAAUAUUGGCGGCCAUACAC